CACGGCCGUUAACUUUCUUGGCUAUAUUGUCAGUCUCACUUCUGCUUCGUUGUCUAGAUAGACGCCAGUGUUUUCAUUUUGGACUAGACUCUCAAAGCUACUUGGAGAUAAAAUAAGGUUGAUUAUUCUGGCAGGCCUGUACUGAUAUUGUGAAUUGUGUAGCAUACAAUAGCUUUAGCCAUGCCAGCCACCACAGAGCAACUAACUAAAUAUGAAAAGAUUGAAACCUUUGUCAAGGGAUUCAAACUCUCCGGGGCAGCUUACAAACGUGUGAUGGCACUCCUGCAUCAAGAAAUGAACAAUGGUCUCCGUAAACAGUCACACACUAUGGCUGACAUUAAAAUGUUUCCCACUUUUGUAAGGUCUCUACCGGACGGUUCAGAAAAAGGUGAAUUUCUUGCCUUGGAUUUGGGAGGCACCAACUUUAGAGUUUUAUUGGUCAGACUUCAGGCUGUAGAUAUUGACAUACAAAGUAAAACAUACUUGAUCCCGCAGCGAAUAAUGUUGGGAACAGGGACCCAGCUGUUUGAUCAUAUUGCUGACUGCAUUGGCAAAUUUGUGAAUGAACACAACUUGACCAAUCACUGCCUUCCGCUAGGCUUUACUUUCUCGUUUCCAUGCCAACAAGAAGGUUUAGCGAAAGCCCGCCUGUCCAAGUGGACCAAAGGUUUCCGCUGUGAAGGUGUCGUGGGGGAGGAUAUCUGCCAGCUGCUACAAGAAGCCCUGAAGAGACGAACAAAUUGCAAGGUUGAAAUAGUGGCCGUUGUCAAUGACGCUGUUGGCACAUUGAUGUCUGCAGCUCAUGGAGACAGAAACUGUGAAAUCGGUUUGAUUCUCGGAACUGGUUGCAACGCGUGUUACAUGGAGUAUCUGGACAAUGUGGGCACUUGGAAAAACGACGAAGACCAUCAUCCCAAACAGGUUAUUAUUAAUACUGAAUGGGGAGCCUUCGGAGACAAUGGUUGUUUGGACUUCAUGAGGACAGAGUAUGAUACCGAGCUGGAUACAUUCUCUAUCAACCCUGGGAAACAAAUAAUGGAAAAAAUGAUCUCUGGAAUGUACAUGGGAGAAAUCGUCCGUCUGGUCUUAGAGAGAUUGACCCGCGAGGGUUUGCUCUUCAGGAGCGUGGACCGAGAGUGUGCUUUGUUUGAGAGAGGUCGAUUCUACACUAAAUACGUGUCAGAAAUUGAAAGUGACACUGAUGAGUUCUUCCGCAACACAAAACAAGUUUUAGAUGAACUUCAUGUGGAGAGCUACACCACUGAAGACUGUAAGAUUGUCAAGUAUGUCUGCACCUUAAUUUCUGCUCGUGCUGCAUUCCUUGCAGCUGCUGGUCUUGCAACUCUUAUCAAUCGUCUCAACAAACAGGAUAUGACUAUUGCGGUGGAUGGUUCACUGUACAGAUUUCACCCACGCUUUCAUAAUCUUAUGUGUUUGAAGAUAAAAGAAUUAGUAAAACCUGGCUUAAAGUUUAAACUCAGCUUAUCACAUGAUGGCAGUGGAAAAGGAGCAGCCCUUACAGCCGCAGUCUCUUUGAGACUCAGAAACAUGAAACUUGGAGGGGCAUCAUCAUCUUCUGGAGAUUCUACAUCAAAUAUUGCCUGUGAAACUGUGAAAGUCAUGGCAUAGGGUUGAAAGUGUGUUUUGAUUUGUUUUCAGCUCAUGAUCUUUAAUUCUGAGAGACAUUGAAAUCAAUUUCAACAAAACUUUAAUCCUGGGGGUUUCUUAGACUUCUUCAUUGAAUGUUUGAUUAACUCUGUUUGAUUGCUGGCUUAAAAAGAGUUGACAUUCAGAGUGAAAAAAAUAGAAAUCAGAACUAAAAAAAAAGAUCAUUUCACAUGAUGAAUUUAAAUUUACUUAAUCUUUACAGACUUACUGUAACAGAAAAUAUACCAAAUUGAAACCAAAGAGGAAUUUUUCUUUUAUUCUAUUAGAAAUAAGAGAAACAAUGUUCUUUUAUUUACAUACCUGUAUUUUGUAAGAUGAAUUACACUUACAGUUACCAUGUGAUAGUGGCGCAGUGAUAAACACAUGAAAUGAUAAUAGUUAGAUUACAUUAGAAGUCAACCUAAGAAUCGACUGUGGCUCCAUUUUUAUUCUUCUUACUUAUUACCAAAGAUGAAAGGGGAGUUAAACAAUUUGUACUGCUUCAUAUUUUUACUUUGGAUAAUCUCAUACCAUGUGAACUAAAUAUAAUCUCCAAUAUGACAGAUAUGUUUGUAAUUGUUUUGUUGUUGGUGUAUAUGCAGUGCUUUUCCAUAUGAAUCCCUUAUCUUACUGGCAAGAAAUAUGUUUCAUUAUAAAAUGUUUAGAAGUAAAUGAUUAUUUUUUCUUAAUUUAUAUUUUAAUAACCUAGAAAUUAAAUAGUCUAUGCUUUCAUAUAUUUAAGUAACAUGAUUAUGGGGUUCUUUUAUGAACUUCCAAUGUCUAUAUGUGAUGGUAGAUUUAUGGUGGCUUUGUUUCUUUAAAUCUUUCUUUCUAAGUGGAAUAUCAUAAAUCGCUGUUAAGCAUUAUAUUAUUCGCUUUAUUUUCUGUUUGUAAUGGAUACUUUUAAAUGUAGAUAGUUCCAUUAUGAGACUACAUAUGCUUUAUAAUACUCAACUGCUGUUUAAGCUUUGAAAAAAACAAAUUAAGCAGAUUGUACAGUAUUAACAUUGUUUUUUACCCACCACAACUUAACUCGUGCAUAAUGGCUUUUGAUUUAUCAACAUUUAAAAAAAAUACUAACAAAAGGUUAAGACUCCUAAUUUUAAACAUGAGCCAUUUUUAAAACUAUAAAGAAUGUUUUUGAACUAAUGGAAAUUAUAACUUUGAUUUAAAGAUAUCUAAUGUAGCAUAUAGAUCAGCUGUUGAAGGCUUAUUGCAUAAUAAUGUAUGACAAAUGUAACAAUGCUUGUAAUAUAAAAAAAAGCAAGUUUUGUAAAUAAUGAAACUGGCUUACUAACUUUCUUUAAAUUUGUUUUAAAGAUGUUUGUCUAUUUAUUUAACACGUUUUUGCUACACUGUUUUUACAGCACACUAUUCAAACCCUGUAAUAAAACACAGACAUUGAAUAAAUCUACAGAAUAAUAUUGCCUAUAUUUGCUCAAAAUGUUUGAAUGGACAGUAAUUUUUUAUUUAUAAUUUAAAAUUUUCAAAACAAUGUAAAAAAAUAUCUACAAUGUUUUGUAAUGAUGAAAUUGGGAUUAAAAAAUGUUACCACAUAAAACAAUAUGGACAAAAUCUCUCAAAAAAAUUAUCAAGAAAUUAGUAUCUUAAAAAAUGACCCAGAUAAGCAUUGAUGUAAGAUGUAUAUUUAUUCUAUAAGCUUAUAUUUAGUUUUAGUCUAAGUAAUAUAGUUCAUGGAAAUAUUCUCAAUUAUAAAUUUUAAACAAUAAUUUUUAUUUCGGUGUUGCUGUUUUUGAACUACUAACAAAACAAUAAAUGGUGGCAUUGUGAGUGCCAAACUUGUAGUUGUGUUUACUGUUAUGUCUCUCAUUGGUUGAGCUAUGUCACAGUGAGAACAAGCCAUAGAACAAUAAUAAACAGUAUUAAUAAUUAGUGAGAUAAUUAUAAUUAGCGUUACUAUCAUCAGCUUAAUCCAAUGAAUAUUUUUUUAAAUUAAUAUUUAGACUAGAUCAUAAGCAUAAAUAUAAAUUCAUCAUUGUUAAAAAUAAGCAUAAAAGUUAUUAAGUGCUUUUGGCAACUAAAAUUAUUACACUAAAAAGGUUAAUUGUUAUUUUAGCAAUUUUGAUUUCCUAUGUUAUCAUCUACAUUGUGCAUUUUAGUAUUGAAAAUUUUUAACUGUUUUUACUAACUAAACUUUUAAUGAAAGGGAAAAAAAAUCAAUUUUCUUUUGCCCUCAUUGACAGCUACAAGUUUGUUUUAUUUUUAUACUGUGUUCUACCAAAGUAAGAUUUUUACUAAAAAUUAGCUAUAUAGAUGACUUUAUCUUAUUAGAUGACUGUUAAACCUUUUUUUUUUGUCAUUAUUAAUUGUUAUUGAUUUCGUUUGUAGAGAUGUUUAUUUUGUUGAAAAAAUUAGACUAUUACAACUCUUUGUUUGUGACUAUAUGACUUGAAACUGUGUUAAUUAUGUAAAUACAAUGUGUAUAUAAUACUAUUACAGAACUGUGUUUUCCUACAUACUUUUUUGGUUUUCAACUUUAUACAACUUUGUUGCUGUUUUUUUUUUAAGUUAUUAUUUUUAUCAAUUAUUAUUUUAAGAAGCAGAUGUGAAGAUAGCUGGACUUAACUAUGAGAAGAUGUUUUAGAUAUUAUAAAUUUGUUUUAUAUACAUGUCAAUGAUUUCCAGAGCUGCAUUUCUUUAUGCUUGUCAUUCAAUUGACUUUUUAAUUCCUUGUGUGAUUUAUUGGUACACAUUAGUUUAAUCAGUGAUGCCUAAAUGAAGUUUAGCAAUCUGGUGGAACUCAUAAGUAAUAAAACUUUACCUCGUUUUUGACUGCAGCAAUCUGCAUUAAUAGAUGAAAUAAUGGAAAAUAAAUACACUUGACUUGACUAGACUUUCUCUCUUGCAUUUGAAUUUGCAACUCUUGUUUUUUUUGUUUCUUAUAUUAUCUUUAUAAAUAUCUCCAUUUUACUAAUUGGUUUAAAAAAAAAUACAAAAAAAAAAAAAAAAAGAAAGGAAAUAGAUUUAAUAAAAAGAGAAUUAUUUUGUUCGUUAGCAUUAUUUUAUAUUUUGUUGACUAUUUUCACAAUUUUCUUUUAAAUGGCAGUACACAUUUCGUUGAACUAAAACGCUGAUUAAUAUUUACUGACCCUGUGAUUUAAAACAUUAGUUGACAGUUUGAAGGGUUUUAAUCUUUAAAAUAAGACAGCUUCGGGUGUACUGUAGGCCUAAAUGUGUUAAAUCUUUAAAAAAAAAAAUUUAAAAACACCCGGUUUGACAUUUUACAUUGUUGAAACAUUUCCGUUCAAAGCGGUGAAUAUGUUUUCAACAACUAUUGUGAUAAUGGCACUAUGGAGUGUCACUUGUAUUGUUAUCUUCAACUCUUAAGUUGGAAUAAAAAUGUUUUCAAAGACAGA